CCCAUGGAACCAAGUGCUUACAAUUAGCGGAGGUUUUUGAAUCAACAUUUUCUGUAAUCUGCGCUUCUUUGUUGUUUUUUUUUGUCAGAAACAGCAAUCAUGACUAGCAAAAUGGUCGUUAAUCAGCCCAGGCCGUUCAUCAUGAACACGACAUCCCACGAAUGGACCUCUGGCAUCUGUGAUUGCUGCCAAGACCUGCCCCAGUGUUGUCUUGCCUUUUGGUGUCCUCCCUGCUUCGCCUGCAAGACAUCAUUUGAGGCCGGGGAGUGUGUGUGUUUACCUCUGCUGGAUGCUUAUGGACUCAUUCCUCCUAUAACCACAGCCCUCAGGGUGUCAGUACGCACGCGAUAUGGCAUUGAGGGUACAGUUUGCAAUGACUGCGUGAUUGCCUGCUGCUGCGGGCCCUGCAACUGGUGUCAACUGGCAAGAGAAAUCAAAGCAAGGAGUAGUCCCAUUACCUUCGUCAACAUGACGGUCCAAUAAGAACACAUUGCUGAAUUCCCCACAGCAUCAUCAUUACUUGUGAUCUGUUUCAAGCCGUCUGCCUCUGAGGAAUGUUACUGAGCAGCUGAUUAAAGAUCAGCACAUGAGGGUCAUAUGUGUUACAUCACUUCAUGACAGAGAAAAGAGAUAAGCAUUGGCCUUGGCUUUUGUCAUCCGCUAAUGCAACUUUUCUUUUUCCUCUGUCACUUCGAAGAUGUUUUAUGUGUUCCUCUGGCAGACGGAUCGCUUGAUCCCUAGCACUGAUUGUUAUUCUUUAGAAGUAGACUAUUUAUAUGUUUAUACAUGGGUUCAUUUUCACUUGUUAUGUGGUGGUGAUUUUUAGCUAUGUGGCUUUCGACUGGGGAUCUUGAACUGUCAAAAGCAUGUCUACUGAAAGAAAUUUGGUACAAAAAGUCACAAUCCCUAGAAGAUGAAUCAUCUGACUUUGGUGAUCUUCUGACGUUUUAUUUAGCAGGUUACAAUUUUAAGUUGUCCACUAUUUUUGUUUAUGACCAAAUACUGCAAAACUAAUAUUAUUCCCAUCAGCCAGCGACAACUGUACUUUAUGCUUCAUGCUAUAUCAAGACAGUGAACAUGGUAAACAUUACCUGCUUAGCAUCUCCCUAUUGGUGCCAUGCCGUUGUUCCAACUGCCCAUUACUCCAUAACCUCAAUAGCUUGAAAGGUGUUCCAUCAGCACUAAAGCCAAUCUGUUAGACAGCCGUUAUCCCAAAAACAAACACCUAUUGCUCCGAAGGCCCAUUUUUCAUACAUACAUACAUGCUCUCUCUCUAGGACUGUAAUCAGCCGGCCCUGCCACAUUAUUUUCAUUUCUACUCAGAAGAAGGCAUGACCUACCUUACUCUGCCUCUGACUGGCUUAACCCAGAUAUUCUUAUCAUAAUGGUAACCAAUCUCACUCAUCAUGCCUUUGACCCAACCAACCCAACCAGUGAAGGCAACAAGUACUAGCCAAUGAGAAGCAGAGUAGAGCGGGUCAUACCUUCCCCAUAGCAGGAAAAAAAAGUUGCCUAGGGAGGCUGGAUGAUCUGCUUUGAAAACUGUAUUUUCGUUAUAUAACAGGCUGUCGCACAAAUGGGCUCUUAGUCCAAUGGGACAUUUUAAGACUAUUGAGGUUUCAGAAUUAUGAGCAGUAGGAACAAUAGGGAGUCCCCAGUCUGGUGGUUGACAUUGUCAUUGUGAGUACGCUAUACUAGUAUACUAGCAUGCUGAUGGUAGCUCAAAGCACUAUAUGACAAAUUGCUAACAUGGAUGUAGACUGUCAACAUUAUUUUCCUGCAUACCUUUCAUUAUAAAGAUGUACAAAUUUCACUUUUCUUGUAUGACCAGUUAGAAUAUUGUAAUUGUUAGUCAGAAGAAGUUGCACUGCAGAUGCAUUUGUAAUAAAACAUACAGAGUUGUUCCACAUUUAUGCUCUUGAAUUAUUCAGUCUGUAUUAG